AUGGAUGAAGCAAAGGAUGGCAGGAAGAGGAAGGAACAGUUUGGUAUUGACAGCAACCAUGACAUUUGGAUGGGGUUGGAUCAGUUUACUGCGUUCAAAGAUCUGCAUUGCAGGAUCUCUGUUCUCUACGACCCCAUGGUCAGAGGAAAUCUGCUGUUUGGAGGUGACAUUGUGGACAUCUACCAGCGGGAGUUUCUCGCCCUCCGGGACCGACUGCACGCGGCCGAGCAGGAGAGCCUGAAGCGCUCGAAGGAGCUCAACCUGGUCCUGGAGGAGAUCAAGAGAGCGAUUUCGGAGAAGCAAGCCCUGCGGGAUAUAAACCGGACCUGGAGCAGCUUAUCUGACGAAACCAAGUUAAAACUGUGGAAUAUCACCAACAAGAAUGUUCUGCACCUUCCCACCAUCUUCCAUCAUUUGCCACAUUUGCUGUCAAAGGAGAACAGUCUGCAGCCAGCCGUGCAUGUGGGACAGGGGCGCACUGGAGUGUCCGUUGUGAUGGGAAUUCCCAGCGUGAAGCGGGAGGUGCAUUCCUACCUCACCGACACCCUCAACUCCCUCAUCUCAGAGCUCACUCAGCAGGAGAAGGAGGACUCCGUCAUCGUCGUCCUCAUUGCCGAGACGGAUCCGCAGUACACAGCCGGAGUGGCAGAAAAUAUCAAAAACUUAUUCCCCAGGGAAAUACACUCAGGUCUCCUGGAGGUAAUUUCCCCAUCUCCGCAUUUCUAUCCUGAUUUCUCCCACCUACGAGAAUCCUUUGGGGACCCCAAGGAAAGAGUCAGGUGGAGGACAAAGCAGAACCUUGACUACUGCUUUUUAAUGAUGUACGCCCAGUCCAAAGGCAUAUAUUACGUGCAGCUGGAGGAUGAUAUUGUGGCCAAACCAAACUAUCUCAGCACGAUGAAGAACUUUGCCUUGCAGCAGCCCUCUGAGGAGUGGAUGAUCCUGGAGUUUUCUCAGCUGGGGUUUAUUGGAAAAAUGUUCAAGUCUCUGGAUCUCAGCUUGAUUGUGGAGUUCAUCCUGAUGUUCUAUAAGGACAAACCCAUUGACUGGCUGCUGGAUCACAUCCUUUGGGUGAAAGUCUGCAACCCCGAGAAAGAUGCAAAACACUGCGACAGGCAGAAGGCAAACCUGAGGAUCCGCUUCAAGCCCUCGCUCUUCCAGCAUGUGGGAACCCACUCCUCCUUGGCUGGGAAGAUACAGAAGCUGAAGGACAAAGACUUUGGCAAGCAGGCUCUGCGGAAAGAGCAUGUCAACCCUCCUGCGGAGGUGAGCACCAGCCUGAAAACCUACCAGCACUUCACCUUGGAGAAGGCUUACCUGCGGGAGGACUUCUUCUGGGCCUUCACUCCCACUGCUGGAGACUUCAUCAGAUUCAGAUUCUUCAAACCGCUCCGCAUCGAAAGGUUCUUCUUCCGCAGCGGGAAUAUCGAGCACCCAGAAGACAAACUCUUCAAUACAACUGUGGAGGUUUUGCCAUUUGAUAGCCUGCAGUCAGAUAAGGAAGCCUUGCAGGAGGGAAGAGGCACAGCCGUCCAGUACCGCAGGACACCAGAUGGCUACAUCCAGAUAGGCUCCUUCUCCAAGGGCGUCGCAGAGGGUGAGGUGGACCCGUUCUUUGGGCCGUUGGAGGCCAUCAGGUUGUCCAUCCAGACCGACUCCCCAGUGUGGAUCAUCUUGAGCGAGAUUUUUAUCAAAAAAGCGGAGUGA